UUCGCCUCCUGCAAGCAGUACGGCAUCACCGGUGACAACGUGCGCCAGGAGCUGCUGGCCUUGGUGAAGGACCUGCCGUCGCUGCUGUCUGAGAUCGGGGCAGGAGCCAGUGCGCUCUCCGAGGCCAUCGAGCUGUAUCAGGCCUGCGUGGAGUUUGUGUGCGAGAGCUCAGCAGAGCUGGUGGUGCCCCUGCUCCGGCACGUGGGGAAGAGAGAGCGGCCGGAGGUGGAGGAGGUGCCGGAGCAGCCGAAGGAGGACACGAUUGACUGGGGAGACUUCACGCUGGAGCCGACCAGGCAGGAUGAUGGCAUUGAUUGGGGAGACGGUGAAAGCGAGGGCGUGCAGAUCACAGUGCUGGAGGCCGGCACUGAGGUGCCCGAGGGGGUCGCCCGCGGCUCCGACGCCCUGACACUCCUGGAAAAUGCCCAGACCCGGAGCCAGUUCAUCGACGAAAGCCAGCAGCUGGAGCUGUUCCUGUCCCAGCGCCUGGUGGAGAUGGAGGAGGAGGCUGACAUCGUGGCCAUGAGCCAGUUCCAGCUGGCCCCCGCCGUGCUGCAGGGCCAGACCAGUGCCCGUGUGGGCUCUCUCCUGGCUACCACCCGGGCUCUGCUGGGCCAGCUCUGCACCCGCAGCAUGCAGCACCUCUUCAUGAUCCUCGCCUCCCCCAGGUACGUGGACCGCGUGAGCGAGCUGCUCGGGCAGAAGCUGAAGCAGGCGCAGCUGCUGCUGGCCAAGAAGGAGGUGAUGGGCCAGAAGCGGCAGGAGGCCCUGGCAGAGCAGGGCGCCUUGGAGCCCAAGCUCGACCGCCUGCUGGAGAAGACCAAGGAGCUCCAGAAGCUG